GCUGAAGAGUUUGUGAACUCGUUCGAGAUUGUCUACACGUUGACAGAGCAACGAGUCGGUGAAGCAUCCAACGUCACCUCCAGCUCUGGCGGGGUUGUGCGCAUCUUAAAAUGCUAUCCAGGCAGUUGGCAGGUCCAUUUAAUGCUGUUAGAUGGUAAAUCAGAAGUCGUUGGGGUGUUUCCUUCCCAGCCAACAUACAAAGCGGUCGAGGAUGCAGUCAGAGAGGGUAGAAAACUCAACCCAUGGAAAUCACCUCCCCGCAUUCUUGGUGGUUCCGAACCCGCCCCGCCACCACUUCCCAAGUCCCUUUCUGGAGCUCUAUCAGAUGAGCAGAUCGAAGCCAUGGAUACGGCCGAAGUUCGAAGGGCAUUACUGGCUCUUAACCUCCCCUCCUCAGGCAGGAUGUCAACUCUCAAACAAAGAUUGAAGGAAGCACAACAGAACUGAGCUAUCUAAUGAACAAUCUUAAUCGUUAAAUUGUACUGCAGGACCGAAUGAGAGAUUGGACUCAAGCACAUCAAACCUUCUAGUUCACCGUUCAAGUUGAUCAAUUUAGUUUUUUAUGGAAAUUCACUAGACCUAUGAUGUACUAAUUGGUACCGCUCUGAACGAAGCUAUUCUUGAAAGAAGGCAGUGCUCCUAAGUUCUCUACCUAAGUUUAUUUGGGUUUUACGUUAGAAGUUAGAGUCUUAACGCCAAAAAGCUUGACGUUUUGACUAAAGUUUACAAAAGUUUUCCUCGAGAAUCUCGCCAGAAAGUAUUGGAAACUGCGAUGUUACUGAAGGGGAAAAGCUGCUUCAAUGUCUUUGGCCAAUUUAGCCAAAACCUCUAACCGCCCCGCCGUUGGUCUUGUCCACAAGGAUAAGGAACGUAAUGGCAGGUAAGAACUAUUAUAAGCAAGUAUAGAUGAUCAGUCGCAAAGGUUAGAACAGAACACAUUGCAACAAUUUAAGGUUAUCAUACUCUUUCAAAAGUAGUGGUGAUGACAACUAAAAGACGAUCACUAACUACAGGCGAUGCUGCUACAAAAAAAAGAUCACCCGAAAAACAAGAUCGUAUGAGAAUCACACUUACCAGAUACUCUACAGAAUUCCAUCAGAAUCACAUAUAGCCACAGUUUCUAAGAUCAUACGAGAAGCUUAUAUUGCAGCAUCAUCAACAGUUCUACACCGUGCAAAUUUUUAUGCGACUGCAAACAAUUUCGUGCAAAAUUUGAUGACCGACGGCAACCGUGUUCAUGCGACAGGGCCUGUUCGAACCGCCUCUCAUCCAUCCCAUCGGCACCGCGAUGGUUCAUUCAUCUUACCUGCAUUCAUCUAUUCGGAUGCAUUCAUGUGCAGUGUUCUAGUUAUAACUCUCAAACCCCUUAAACCCUAAUCCCCCAGCUUCCUCAGAAGCAAGCGUGGAUUGGAUUCAGACAAGGGGGAGCGCGUAGCCAUCGUGAUGGGGAAGAAGCAAAAGAAGCCCGGUAAGGGCAAGGAAAAGACCGAGCGCAAGACUGCCAAGGCCACUGAAAAGCGGAAUCGCCGUGAGGACAAGCUUGUGUCGGAAGAAGACGACAUUGAUGCCAUUUUGGCUCAAAUCAAGAAAGAAGAGGCUAAAAAAGUUGCGGUUCACGUAGAUGAGAAUGUGCCUGCUCCUUCGCCUCGCUGCAAUGGAUCGAUGACAGUGAAUCCCCUGAAGGACACCGAGCUAAUUUUCUAUGGAGGAGAGUACUACAAUGGCGAUAAAACUUUUGUCUAUGGGGAUUUGUACAGAUUUAACGUGGAGAAAGGUGAUUGGAAGCUGGUGUCAAGCCCCAACAGUCCACCCCCUCGCAGCGCCCAUCAAGCUGUUGCCUGGAAAAACUCCCUCUUCAUUUUUGGUGGAGAAUUCACCUCUCCUAAUCAAGAGAAGUUCCAUCACUACAAGGAUUUGUGGAGAUUCGACAUCAAUACAAACGUAUGGGAACAGUUGAGCCUUAAGGGUGCUCCGAGUCCACGGUCUGGGCAUAGAAUGCUUCUCUACAAGCACAAGCUUAUUAUCUUCGGAGGCUUUUAUGAUACCCUUAGAGAAGUCAGGUAUUACAACGAUCUUCAUGUGCUUGAUCUGGAUGACUAUAAGUGGCAAGAAAUCAAACCCAAACCCGGAGCUGCUUGGCCAUCACCAAGAAGUGCGUUUCAGUUUGCCUCCUACCUUGACGAGAUCUUUUUGUAUGGUGGUUACUACAAAGAUGCUGGGAAUGAGAAGGAUGGAUCAGAAAAAGGUGUGGUCCAUGCAGAUAUGUGGGUGUUGGACCCUCGCACAUUUGAAUGGAAUAAGGUCAAAAAACUUGGAAUGCCUCCUGGACCAAGAGCAGGGUUUUCAAUGUGUAUCCAUAAAAAGAGAGCUAUUUUGUUUGGCGGAGUGGUAGACACUGAAGAUAAAGAUGUAAUACGUAGUACAUUUAUGAAUGAAAUGUACGCUUUUCAAAUGGACAAUCGGCGAUGGUUUCCUCUGGAGCUGCGACGGCCAAAGGCACCGAAAGGGAAAGCUAAAGGUCAGGCUGGACCAUCAAAGAGUAAAAAGCAGAAAGCAAUUGCAGAGUCGUUUGAUUUCGAAGAAGCUAGGCCUGCAAACGAUGAUGUUGAUAUGGACGUUUCAAGCAACGAUGUGAGCGUCCAUGAGAGUGAAGGAUUGGCUAAACGCAUUGAGGAUAAUGUUGUGAUUGACGACACAGUUACUGCUGAUGUCGAAGCUGAACCUGAGAUUGUGAAACCUUGUGGUCGUAUAAAUAGUUUAAUGGUUGUUGGUCGUGACACGCUCUACCUUUAUGGAGGCAUGAUGGAAAUUGGGGAACGGGAAGUGACCCUUGAUGAUUUAUAUUCAAUGGAUCUAAACAAGCUAGAUGCUUGGAAUCUUGUUAUUGAGGCCACAGACACAGAUGAGUGGAUAGAAGUUGAUGACGAAGAUGAUGAUGAGGAUGAGGAUGAUGACGACGAGGAUGAUGAUGGCGAUGAAGAUGGUGAUGAUGAAGAUGAUGACGACGAAGACGAUCAGAAAGCUGGGAGUUCUACAGUAACCACAGCAGAAGCAGCAGCUGCGCUACUCCGAGGUGAAGGAAAGAAGCUACAGCGCAAAGACAGGAAGGCUGAGAUAGCAAAACUACGUGCAGAGCUUGGAUUAGCAGAUGCUGCUCGAACACCUGCUCCAGGAGAAAGCUUGAAGGAUUUUUUUGCUCGAACAAACAUGUAUUGGCAAAUGGCAGCCUACGAGCACACUCAACAUACUGGCAAAGAACUACGGAAGGAUGGGUUUGAUUUAGCAGAGGGUCGCUACAGGGAGCUUCGUCCAGUUCUUGACGAGCUGGAGAAACUCGAGGCUGAACAAAAGGCAAUAGAAGCUGAAGAAGCUAAGACUCAACCUACACGCAAAGGUAAAGACAAGGCAAAGCGAGCAGCCAGGUAGGAGCGCCUUAAUCUGCAAGCAGGCUCGUUCUUUCAUAUAUGUGGUUCAGCUCCAAAAGAGCUGCAUUUUGUUAUACAAUUUGAUGAAUUUUAUCGUGACAAACCACGCAGUUUUUUGUGGAUUUAAUCUAUCCGUUAUGACGUGUUCUUUA